AUGUUUUUUUUUACUUUUAGUAAUGAAGGAUCACAUCCUCUUGUGCCUGUUUUAAUUGUUUUAUGUUGCUGUGAUUCGUUACAAUUAAUAUUUUCUAUGCUUGUUUUGUACCUUCCUGCAUUACACGAUCAUCUAGAAAUGGAUCCAUUAGGUUUAGUAGCUCAAUUAGCAUAUUUAGCUACUGGAGGGUUGGCAGGGGGCUUGCUGGCUGCUAAUUGUGCUUCUAUUUGGACUAUGUGUUAUAUCUCCCUUCAACGUCACAAAGCUAUAUUAAAUCCAUUAGCUAGUAUGUCUUCUUCUAAAUCAACAAAUCAUUUUUAUUUAUUUUUAAUUCCAAUUUGUGCAUUAAUUUUUAAUUCUCCCGUUUGGUUUGAAUUUAAAUGGGCAAUUAAUAUUAUUAAAUUAAAUAAUGGAGGGAAAAGAAUUAUUAUAUGGCAUGAAAGAUCUGCUUUAGCUAAAAACGAGCAAUAUAUAUUUUUGAUUCCCUUAAUACUAAUUUCUGUAUUAAAUAUUCGAAUGUUAGCAUCUAUUCGCAAAGCUUCAAGAAGAUUAGCAUCUGCUGGACAAAGAAAACGGAUGGAAAGAGAAAAACGUUCUGUUAGAUUAUUAAUUGCUAUUGUUUUGUUAUUCUUUUUAUGUCAUACUGGUGGUUUAAUUAUUCGAUUUUUUGAUUUAAGGCAACAUGGAAAUGAACCGUGUUUCGUUUUUGCAAAAGAUUUGGUUAAUUUUUUGUUUAAUAUAAAUUCUUUUGCCAAUCCAAUGCUUUACUUCUUUUUUACAAAACAAUUUAAAGAUUUAAGAACAACAUAUAAAGAAGCUAAAAUAUCUAAUAAUAUUAUUGGAAUUAACAGAACAAAUAGUUUAUUAAAUAAAUUAAUUUUAUUAAAAAAGAAUUAA